UGUGGAUGACGCAGGGCCGCUGAGGCCCCGCCCCCUCAGAGUCAGGCGCUCUCUAUGCGGAAGCUGCUGUUUGUUUGGGUUCCAGGUUUUGGUUUUUCUCCUCCAGCUGUUUUAUUCCUGAGGGACUGUGUGACGGACCGCCGGGCUCUGGGAGUUCUGGGAAUUCUGGGAAUGGCGGAUGAAGAGAAAACUCCGCUGCUCUGCUCAGACAACGCCCCCUCAGCCCCCCCAUAUCAGGAGGCCCUCUCAGGUCAAGAGGCCCUCUCAGGUCAGGAGGCCCUCCCUGGUCAGGAAGCCCCCCCUCCGUACUGGUCAGCAGCAGACGAUGGCUCGGUGUCGCUGAGCUGCAGUGUUUGUGGAGCUCUAAUCAGUGUGAAAGCCGACAGCACUCAGAGCAUCGUGAAGUGCAGCGUCUGCCAGGAGGCCACACCUGUAAGGAGCCCCCCUGCAGGCAAGGUGUUUGUGCGCUGCCCCUGUAACUGUCUCCUGAUCUGCAGAGCGUCUGCCCAGAGAGUGGCCUGUCCCCGUCCACACUGUAAGAGAGUAAUAGAUCUGACCGGUUCAGGAUCGAGCGGUACUGAGUGGCAGUACGGUGGAACCACAGUCAGCUGUGGACACUGCAGACAAACAUUCCUGGUUCCUCCUUUAACAGUGAAGAAGCGAGUUCGCUGUCCUCGGUGCCGUAAAGUGAGCUUUAUUGGGCGAGAUUACCCUCAGAAACGCUGCCUUUACUUUACGCUCACUGCUGUCCUGUUUGCCGUCGUCGCUGGAGUGCUCAUGGGUUCCACCUGGCAGGAGGCUGAGGAGUACAGAGCAAUCUACGCUGUCUGGACGUUAUUCCUGGUUCUGAGUGUUGGUUCUGUGGGCUGGGCGGUGUACUGGGCUCUGAUUAAAAUUAGCACACCUUUACACAAUUAAUUAUUAAUUAUUAACUAAAAAGAGAUCCAGCACUAAAUGUACCCUGCACCUUUUCUUAAAAUAUCAAUCAAAAAUGAAAAAAAUCAAACACAGUAUUGCAAUAUAAAAACAGUAUCAAUAUAUGGAGGCAGUGUAUUAAAUACCAGGACUCAUGCAACAUCACAGAUCUUUAAAAAGCACAGUGGAAUUGUUUUCUCUGUACGGUUUCUACAAGCAUAAAAAAAUGCUAAUAGCAUGCUAAUGUCUCGGUAACUAGCUAGCUAACUUCCCCGUUCCACCUUAAACAGUCCAGCAGUUCUGACGCCUGAAGCGCCAGAAUGUAACUGCUGCUCCAUUUAAGGUGGAACGGGAAAAUUC